AUGACAGACACCGAUCUGGCGCAAUUUCGCGAAUCAACACGGGCAUGGCUUGCGGAUAAUUUUCCGGCAUCCCUGGCUAAUAAAAUGCUCGGCUACGAGCGUAUUUCCGAUCCGGAAAUGGCGCAGCAGUUAGAAGUCUGGCGACAGAAACUGGCUGAACAGGGUUGGGGCGCACCAACCUGGCCAAAAGAAUAUGGUGGUGCGGCAUUAAGCCAGCCUGAAGCCCGUGUCAUCGCUCAGGAAAUGGGCAAGAUUGGCGCAAUGAACCCGAUUCCAUUGCUGGCGGGUAUGGGCGUGACCAUGGUCGGCCCGACGGUGCUUGAAUACGGUACGGAUGAGCAGAAGCAGAAGCACCUGCCUGGUAUUGCCAGCGGCGAAGUGCGCUGGUGCCUUGGUCUUUCUGAACCAAAUGCAGGGUCGGAUCUGGCUUCGCUGGCUACCAAGGCGGUUGAUGAAGGGGACUAUUUUGUUUUGAACGGCCAGAAAAUCUGGACUUCCGGUGCGGAUAUUUCUCAGUGGUGUGGUGCCCUUGUGCGGACUGAUUCGAAUGCUAAAAAGCGUGACGGUAUCAGUUUUGUCAUGCUGCCUAUGGAUCAGGAGGGUGUGCAGACCAAGCCGAUCCGUCUGAUUGCAGGUGCCUCUCCUUUCUGCGAAACGUUUUUCACUGACGCCCGUGCGGAAAAAGCGGACCUUCUGGGUGACCUGAACGAUGGCUGGAGUGUGGUCAAACGUUUGCUGCAACAUGAGCGCCAAAGCCAGACCAGCGCUCGCGGCGCGCCCACCAAUAAAGCAGAUUCGUUGCAGGAAGUGGCUAAAAAGUAUGUCGGCACGGAUGGUGAAGGCCGCCUGGCAGAUGCUGAUCUGCGUACUCGCAUAGCCAAUCAUCUGAUGGACGCUCAGGCACAUGGUUUGACCGUUGCCCGCAUAACUGCCGAAGCUCGGGGUAACCCCAAGGUGAGUGCCGCGGCUUCUAUCCUGAAAAACUCAGCGACCAAGGUUGCGCAGACAAAAUCUGAGCUGACUAUGGAACUUAUGGGUAACCAGGGUAUUGGUUGGGAAGGGGAUCACUUUACCGCGGAUGAGUUAAACAACGUGCGCGAUUGGUUAUCCGGCAAAGCCAUAUCCAUCUACGGCGGCUCCUACGAAGUGCAGAACAAUAUCAUUUCCAAAAACAUUCUCGGUCUACCCGCGAAAUCCUGGGUGACAGAACAGUCUCCGGUCCUCAAAUUCAGACAGAUGCGCGACAGCGGUGUCGAACUGAAGUACACCCCGACAACCUGGAACGCGAUGGUUGAAAUGGGUUGGACCGGUAUUCUGGUGCCAGAAGAAUUUGGCGGGUCUGACCUUGGUUACCUGACUUUUGGCGUUGUUCUUGAAGAGCUGGGGCGACAACUGACCGCUUCGCCGCUCUUUGCCUCAGCCCUUGUUGGCACUUCAGCCAUUCUGCUGGCGGGCAACGACAAGCAGAAGCAGGCAUUGUUACCCAAGGUGGUUGAUGGCAGCGAGAUUUUAACCCUCGCAGUUGAUGAAACCGCCCGACAUGCGCCAGCUCAGAUAGCGCUGCAGGCUACCGCCUCUGAUGGCGGGUUCAAGCUGCAGGGAGAAAAAACUUUUGUCAUGGAAGGCAUGGCGGCAACCACUUUUAUUGUCGCGGCACGUACGUCAGGCACUGCCGGUAAUGAAGCGGGCAUAACCCUCUUCUGCGUCGCUGCGGAUGCUGCUGGUUUAACGCGUGCACCUAUCCAUACCGUCGACAGUCGUGGGCACGCUCAUCUAAAAUUUGACGAUGUGUUUGUCUCAGCGGACAGUGUGCUGGGGCAGGUAGAUGCAGGUUACGCAGAUCUGCAGGCAGUACUUGACCGGGCCAGCGCUGGUCUUGCCGCGGAAAUGUUAGGCACGGCAGCUCAAGCGUUUGAUAUGACGCUGGAAUACUUGAAAACACGUGAACAGUUCGGCCGCGUUAUCGGCUCGUUCCAGGCAUUGGGUCAUCGUGCUGCUGAGUUGUACACGGCUAUGGAACUGGCCCGUUCCUGUGCCGAGCAUGCACUCCAGGCCAUUGAUAGCCAUGCAGACAACCUUGCCGAGGUGUGUUCCCUGUCGAAAUGUCGAGUGGGUGAGUUUCUUCACGUCAUGUCUAACCAGCUGAUUCAGAUUCAUGGCGGUAUCGGCAUGACAGAUGAGUUCGACGCAGGUUUCUAUCUGAAGCGGGCGCGAGUGUUGGAAACCGCCUUUGGGAAUCAGGCUUAUCAUCGCGAUCGUGGAACGCCUGUCGGCAUAGCUGUCCAGGAAUUGAUGAAAUAUGCCGGUGUUGAAACGGACCAUAUUGCAAUUCGAACGUCCUACUACCAGGGUAUUGAUAAAACUGACAAUCAGGUUCAGGUGCACAAUUUAGGUUAUCUGUUGGAGCAUCUGAACUACGACAAUUCUGUUCUGAUUGUAGAUGAUGUAUUUGAUCGCGGGCGCAGUAUUGAAGCAAUAAUCUCAGAACUGGAGCGUUUGACCCGACGCAACCUGCCAAAAGAUAUCCGCAUUGCUACGGUGUGGUUUAAGCCUGAGAAAAAUGUCACAGCUUUGAGUCCGGACUAUUAUGUUCAUGAAACCAACCGUUGGCUGGUUUUUCCGCACGAGUUGGAUGGGCUGACCGACGAGGAAGUGCGCGGAUGGCUGAUGGCCAGUGAAGUUACCCUGCUUCUCGAACGAUACAAGCAGGGUGAUACGGGUGCAUUUAAUGCGCUUGCGGAGCUGAUUUACCCACAGCUGAAAUCGAUGGCCCAGCGUCGGACGCGCGGUGAAGGUGGCCUCGGCGCAACAAUGCUGGUCAAUGAAACCUUCCUCAAGCUGCUCUCCGGCGGCGAACUGAAAUUCGAAGAUCGACAGCAGUUUUUUGCGCUUGCCGCAUCCAUCAUGCGCCAGGUCAUUGUUGAUGAAGUACGUUAUGUCACCGCACAAAAACGCAGUGGCAGUGAACACACCUUCACGGAUGCAAAAAUUGCUGAUCCUGCUCAUGAGGAGGCUGAGUUUCUGCUGCAGGUAGAUCAGCUUCUGGAACAUCUGGAACGUGACGAUGAGCAAUUGGCACGUGUCUUCGAAUGUCGUUAUUUUGCGGGUUUCACCACUGCGGAAACCUCGGAAGCACUGGGUAUUUCCACUCGCUCAGUAGAGCGCAUGUGGGCAUCCGCUCGAGAACGCAUUGCUGCACUCAUGCAGGACAGCACCCGGUAA